AUGAAAUAUCAAUCAAAAAUACAAUCUGAAGAUCAUGGUACAGUUAUAGAACAAUUAAACUCAACAAAAAUUAAUACAAAAAAAGCAAGUUUAAAUUAUUUGCGUGCUGUUGCACGGUCGUUCAUUUUCUUACUGAAGCAAGAAUUUGCAUUUAUGAAUUUGAAAGAUUUGAUCGAACUACAACAGCUGAAUCUUUCUGAACCAAUAGUUCAGUGGUUAUCUAUAGCCAACAAAAAAGAGUUGUAUUGGAGUGCAGAAAGUCGUGGUGAUUGGUUACUUAGUGUGCAAAAGUGGCUAUGGAAAAAGCAGUUAGAAGAAUUAAAAAAUGUUACUUAUAUUACAAUAAUAGCUGAUGAAACAUGCGAUGUUACAGUAAUGGAACAAUUAUGUAUCUGUCUACGUUAUUUUAAUCCUUCUACUAGAGAAUUAGUUGAAAGAAUUAUUUGUUUAUGUGAAAUUCAUUCUCAAACAGGAGAAGCGAUAUUUGAUGUAAUUAAUCAGUUCUUAUUUGACUUAGAAAAAGAAUUAGAUAAAAAAUUUAUUCUGAUGGGUCAAUGCUUCGAUGGUGCAUCUUCAGUUAGGUGUCAAGCUCAAGGACAUAUUAGAUCUAGAAUUAAUGCAUUUGCUUUUUAUGUACAUUGUCGAAGUCAUUUGAUUAAUCUUUCUGUGAAAGAUACAUUAACAAAUGAAUUUUAUAAAUCAUACGAUUUAAUUCACAGAACACUUGUCUUUUUUCAAGAAUCUCCACAACGACUUGAUACAUUAAAAAGAUCACAAAUUUUUCAUGAAACCAGUACUAAAGUACCAAGUGCAAGUGACACCCGAUGGGUGUAUCAUUAUCAAUUAGCUAAUUUUGUGUGGACUCAUAUGGUUUCAAUUGUAUCAGCUUUAAUUCAAAUUCAUGCAAAUAACAAAGAUGGUUCGGAAACAGCAAAUGGAUUUGCAAUUCGUUUUGUUAAUGAAAAAUUUAUUUACGAAGUUGGAAUCAUGAAAAUUAUAUUGGGACAUGCUAAACUGUUUUUGAAACAAACAGAAAGUCGUUCAAUGACAUUUGAUAAAUUUUCUACAUGCUUAGAUUCAACUACUAUUCGUAUAGAAAAUACAUUAAAUGAAUUUGAUUAUGAAAUUUAUAAACAAAAAGUUAAAGAAUGUCGUGUUCUUUUACCAAUGACACACCGAACAGCACAUUCAACAAGAAGCUCUAACUCUAUUAAUAACAAUUCCAAUGAUAUUCAUAUAGAUAUGGCAAUUGCUUUGAAUGAUUAUGGCAAAAAGUUUAUUAAUUCUACAUUGAAUUCUAUUAAUGAACGUUUUGGACAAGAUUCUCGUAUUAUCAUGGAUAACAUUUCAAUGUUUACAAAAUUAAAUGAUUAUAGUAAUGAGGAAGUAUUGAAAAAUCCUUUAUUAAAUUUAUAUUUCAAUGAAAUUUAUUAUAAACACAAAGGAGUUAAUCAUAAAAUAUAUGAACGAACUGAUGAACCUUUAUUAUGUUUUGCAAAAUUAGAAAAAGAACUUCCACAAGUUCGUGUUUUAUUAAAAAGUGCAAAUAAUGAAGUUAAACGAAUGCAAGAAAAGAAAACAAUUAAUGAUGAAGUUUGUUUAUUAGAUAUAUUAAAGUUUUUAUCAGUGAAUGGAAAUUAUUUAGUACCUGAAUGGUUAAAAUUAUAUCAGAUAUUAACUACUUUACCUAUUGGAUCUAAUGAAUGCGAAAGAAGUUUUAGUGCAUUAAAGCGAAUUAAAACCAAAUUACGAAAUAAUCUCUCACCCACAGCAUUAGAAACGGCUGUGAAGUUUAGUGUUUUAAAAUUGGAUGUUACUGAUGAUGAUUUAGAUGAUAUCGUGCAACAUUUUUGUAUGUAUCCAGGACGAGCAAAAGCUCGUAAUAUCAUGAUAUACAAGCACGAAAAUAAUAGUGAUGAUAGUACUGAGGAUGAAUAA